CUGACUACUACAUGCGUAAUUGACCCAGUAUUAGAUGACCCAGUUUGUCCUGUAUAUCUAUUUACAUUUAACCAUAUAGACCAACAGUGUAGUGAUGAUGUAUGGGAUGGUAUGCCUAUAGCAGAUUGUGAGACUGACGGUGGUACAUGUGUAGUUGACCCAGUAUUAGAUGACCCAGUUUGUCCCGUAUAUCUAUUUACAUUUAACCAUAUAGGCCAACAGUGUAGCGAUGAUGUAUGGAAUGGUAUGCCUAUAGCAGAUUGUGAUUCUGACGGUGGUACAUGUGUAAUUGACCCAGUAUUAGAUGACCCAGUUUGUCCCGUAUAUCUAUUUACAUUUAACCAUAUAGGCCAACAGUGUAGCGAUGAUGUAUGGAAUGGUAUGCCUAUAGCAGAUUGUGAUUCUGACGGUGACCAACAGUGUAGUGAUGAUGUAUGGGAUGGUAUGCCUAUAGCAGAUUGUGAGACUGACGGUGGUACAUGUGUGAUUGACCCAGUAUUAGAUGACCCAGUUUGUCCCGAAGGAACGAGUGCUGGUAUCAUUGGACUUGAAGAUUGUUGUGACGCUUCUUACAAUGAGGUUCAUACGUGCUGCAUUCCUGAUGUAUAAUGGUAA